UUAUUUCCAUAAGUUGAGAAGAUAAGUGGGUGGUUCUGUGAUUAGGAAAAGAUGGACUUGAAGAUGGGCCAAGACGUCUUCGUUAGUGAAGCGAGACAAAUAUCAUUUUUUUAUAAGAUUAAAAAUUCUAACGAAAAACGAAAAAUGCGAAAAAAAUCUUAAUAUUUGCUCAUACGAAUCGUUAUCAAGUUUUAUUUUUCUAGAAAUAUAUUGAAUUUUUUCAAGAAAUUUUUAAAGAACAGACCUGUCUGAAUUUUUAAUGGAAUGAAAUUGACGAAUAUUUGUGAAGAAGAAAAAUCUUUCAUAGAUUUGCUUCAGAGAUAACAUCUUAAAAUGGAAUGGUUGGGGAUAUCAAGAUUCGAGUUUUCAGCUCGACGAAGAUAACAGUGUUAUUUUUACGGGUCAAAGGUUGUCUCUUUUUGAAUAUGACUAUUAAAAAUUAAAAAGAAUUAAUUGCAUAAAAUUUAAGGUAUGAAAUGUCGGGAAAAAAACUACCUUAUUUUCGUGAAUGGUUCGAAAGAAAUCUUGGUAUCGAUAUAAAUCAUCGUGCUCGUUCUUGUAUACGAAGCGAAUUAAAUCCACCGCAACCGAUUAACGAAUCGUGCGUUCUCAUGGACAUACCGGUUCUUUUGAUACUUCUAUCUAUCUUUCACUUAUUAUUCCGCUUAUUGCAUUUCACUAAAGGUUAUAUAG